AUGUUGGCUGCGGCUGCCCCGGGCCUCCUGCGCCAGGAGCUGUCCUGCCCGCUGUGCCUGCAGCUGUUUGAGGCGCCGGUGACGGCCGAGUGCGGCCACAGCUUCUGCCGCGCCUGCCUGGGCCGCGCGGGAGGGGAGCCCGCGGCCGACGGCUCGGUGCCCUGCCCCAGCUGCCAGGCGCCCACGCGGCCGCAGGCGCUGAGCACCAACCAGCAGCUGGCGCGCCUGGUGGAGGGGCUGGCGCAGGUGCCGCAGGGCCUCUGCGAGGAGCACCGGGACCCGCUGAGCAUCUACUGCGAGCAGGACCGCGCGCUGGUGUGCGGCGUCUGCGCCUCGCUCGGGGCGCACCGCGGCCACCGCCUGCUGCCGGCCGCCGAGGCCCACACGCGCCUCAAGAGUCAGCUCCCUCAGCAGAAGCUGCAGCUGCAGGAGGCAUGCAUGCUCAAGGAGAAGAAUGUGUCCGUGAUGGAGCACCAGCUGGCAGAGGUGGAGGAGACAGUGCGUCAGUUCCGGAAGUCUGUUGGGGAACAGCUGGGCAAGAUGCGGGUGUUUCUGGCAGCCCUGGAGGAUUCUUUGAACCAUGAGGCAGAACAAGUUCGGGGAGAUGCUGUUGUGGCCUUGAAGAGGGAGCUGUCUGCCUUGAAGUCUUACCUGGAGCAGCUGCGGCAGAUGGAGAAGGUGCUGGAGGAGGUGGCUGACAAGCCACAGACAGAAUUCCUCAUGACUUACUGUUUGGUGACCAGCAGGCUGCAGAAGAUUCUGUCAGAGUCACCUCCGCCUGCCCGUCUGGAUAUCCAGUUGCCUAUUAUCUCAGAUGACUUCAAAUUCCAGGUGUGGAAGAAGAUGUUCCGGGCUCUGAUGCCAGCCCUGGAGGAGCUGACUCUGGACCCCAGCUCUGCGCACCCCAGCCUGGUGGUGUCCCCGUCGGGCCGGCGCGUGCAGUGCGCGGAGCAGAAGGGAGCGGCGGCGGCGGCGGCGGGCGAGGACGAGCGGCGCUUCGACAAGGCGGUGGCGGUGGUGGCGCAGCAGCGGCUGGCGGAGGGCGAGCAUUACUGGGAGGUGGAGGUGGGCGACAAGCCGCGCUGGGCCCUGGGCGCGAUGGCGGCCGACGCCCCGCGGCGGGGCCGGCUGCACGCGCUGCCGUCGCGGGGGCUGUGGCUGCUGGGGCUGCGCGACGGGAAGGUGCUGGAGGCGCACGUGGAGGCCAAGGAGCCGCGCGCGCUGCGCACCGAGGCGCGGCCGGCGCGCGUGGGGCUCUACCUCAGUUUCCCCGACGGCGUCCUCGCCUUCUACGACGCCAGCGACGCCGACGAUCUCCAGCCGCUCUUCGCCUUCCGGGAGCGCCUGCCCGGCCCCGUCUACCCCUUCUUCGACGUGUGCUGGCACGACAAAGGGAAAAAUGCCCAGCCAUUGCUGCUGGUGGGGCCCGAGGGCCAGGAGGCAUGA